AUGAAUGAGGAUACCGUUGUGGAAACACAAAAGCAGCAGCAGCAACUAGAGGAGGACUCUGCAGAUGAACAACUAUACAUAAAGAAGUUUUCUCAAAAACUAAUAAGAGAGAAGUGUGGGAACUACCCACUCCUUAAAAGAUCCAUUGAUGGUAAAAUAGUAUAUCCCGAGACAAAUGGGAUUACUAGCAAUAGGGGUAAUAAAUUAUUGCAGAAGAGUGAGUUGGUUACAAGGACUAAUAUUAAUAAUACGAAACCAAUUGAUGAAGAAUGCAUCUUUUAUAAUGGUUCAGAGCAUAAUCUUUUACAAAGGAAGAGAAUGAGGUUUAAUAUACCACCACUUGAUUCACUUGACGUGAAAGGGCCAAACACUAUAAAACUUGGCGAUGAGGAUGAAGAUGAUGAUGAUGAUGAAUAUAAUUUGAAUAAAUUGGUGGAUAUUUCUAAGACUUUGAGUCCUAUUUCAUCUUUGAGUGAUAUAUCUACUAAGGAUUCCAUAUCACAUGUGUAUAAAUCCAAAAUUCUGAAAGAAUUAGCUUUACAGACAAUAUUGAUGGUUGAGAAAGAGCAAGAUUCUGUUAACAAGUACACAAAAUUAUUAGAGGUAUUGUUGGGUAAUUUAGUAGAUCCUUUACAUCAGUCUAAUUUGAAUUUAAAAGAUUAUGACCAUAAAUUAUUACUCGAAGAGAGUGAUAAUGAAAACGAUCCAGAAAAUAGUACAGCCAACAACACGACUAUCAAUGAGGAUGAGGAAGACAGUAAUGACAAUAAAAACAACAACCCAGUUGAUUUUAAAGAGGGAAGACAAGAGGACCACGAAGAUGAAGAUCCAUUUUUUGCCAUACCGAAAGUCGAUGUACUAACUAAAUUCGACGAAGAAUUGGACCCUAAGAAUUCAAAGAAAGAUGCCCAAAACAACACGGAUAUUAUAUCGUCAUACUCGUUAUCUUACUUAACAAAAGAGUUUCCAAACCAUGAACAAAACAUGGCCAAAAUCCAUGAAGAGUUGGAAACAUCAAGACAAUUAUCGCAAAUUGCAUUACAAAGAAACCAAGAAUUCAUUAGAAACUUGUCCAAAAUAAGAAACUACCUGAUCAAAGCAAACAGAAUCAAAGAACGUAUUUAUAGUUGGAGCAAAGAAAUCGGUGGAAUACAAGAAGAAGGUAUAUUAAUACCAUCGUUAUUAAGAGAUGCGAAAAGAGGUUUGAUCAGAAUCACAACGAACAAGACACUUGAUUCGGGAGACGAAGAAGAAAAUCCUGAUGAAGAACAAGAAGAGGAGUAA